UACUCACUAGUUCUUGAAGACCACACUUGAGAUAACUUCUCUUUGUUUCAGUCUCUCUCAGUUUCUUUGUGUGAGGGUCAUUUUCAGCAAUGGCGAGAAAACUAAGCAUCCUUACACUCUGCCUAGUUGUAAUGCUGGUUCUUCUAGUAGAAAACCAUGCUGAGAUUCUUGUGUCCACCACUGAGGCUCCAGCUCCCCAGCCUAAUAUAAACACAACCCACUUUCCCAAUCAAGGCAUCACUGAAGGCAGUCUUCAACCACAAGAAUGUGGUCCACGUUGCACAAACAGAUGCUCAAAUACACAGUACAAGAAGCCGUGCAUGUUCUUCUGCCAAAAGUGCUGUGCUAAGUGCUUGUGUGUGCCUCCUGGAACUUAUGGCAACAAACAGGUUUGCCCUUGCUACAACAACUGGAAGACCAAAAGGGGAGGACCCAAAUGCCCCUAAAAGUUGUAGUAACAUUCCCCAUCAAGUCUCUUACCAUUCCAUGUACAAGCACUAUGUAACUACAAGAUAAAAAUUACCUUAAUUUAUAAUUAUGUUUGUCUUUGUGUGCUUUCAGAUUCUGCCUUAAGGAAUGAUAUUCCUUCCUAGAAAUAGGUAUACAAGGCACAAGGAAGUUAUACAAUGCAUUUUAAUAUUAAUAUAUUGGAUAUUAGUAGAUGCUAGUUUUGUGUAUUUAGUUAAGAGUUUUAUAAAAAUUAUGUUGUAGGAAAAGUGAUUGUGUCAUGUUAUAGAAAUUCGUUUUCCGUGCCUUAGUUUUUUUUUUUGCUUCAAAAAAUACGGGUCCCACAAAAUAUUGUGUGUAUAGGAAAAAUGAUUGUAUGAUGUUGCAUGAUGAAUAUAAACCCUUUUA